AUGGAUAUUGCGCAAACUUCCCCAUCGCGACAACUCGUUUAUAACUACAACCAUGAUAAUAUUAAUUACUGUCCUAACUGUAUCUCUUUAUCAUCUCAACUUAAUCUAAAAGAUUCGUUUAUUAUUAAACAUCAAAAAUUUUCCACGAUAAAAAAUGAUCUUAUAAUCACACAAAGGCAAUUGAUUAGUGACCUGUUGAAAGAAGGGAAUUAUAUUAAAGAAGAUAAUGAAUUUACUUCUAUGACCGAAAAUGCCAUUAAAGAUGAAAUUGAACUU